AUGUGGCAGGUAAAGAAACUGGCCCGCCCACCAGGGGACAGUAUCAACUUGGAAGAGACACGCUACACAUGCCAUGAGUGUGGGAAAAGCUUCAAUCGGAGCUCUGCCCUUAUCAGACAUCAGAGAAUCCACACAGGAGAGAAACCUUAUGAAUGCUCUGAAUGUAGGAAAUGCUUCAUCGAUAGUUCAACCCUCAUCUCACAUCAGCGAAUCCACACAGGAGAAGCGCCCCACACAUGCUCUGAGUGCGAGAAAAGCUUUAGUCGGAGCUCACACCUUAUCACACAUCAGAGAAUCCACACAGGGGAGAAGCCCUACACAUGCUCUGAGUGUGGGAAAAGCUUUAGUGGGAGCUCUGCCCUUAUCAGACAUCGUAGAAUCCACACAGGAGAGAAGCCGUACACAUGCUCUGAGUGUGGGAAAAGCUUCAGUCGGUGCUCAGACCUUCUCACACAUCAGAGAAUCCACACAGGGGAGAAGCCCUACACAUGCUCUGAGUGUGGGAAAAGGUUCAAUCAGCGCUCAAACCUUCUCACACAUCAGAGAAUCCACACGGGAGAGAUGCCUUACACGUGCUCUGAGUGUGGGAAAAGCUUUAGUGGGAGCUCUGCCCUUAUCAGACAUCGUAGAAUCCACACAGGAGAGAAGCCGUACACAUGCUCUGAGUGUGGGAAAAGCUUCAGUCGGUGCUCAGACCUUCUCACACAUCAGAGAAUCCACACAGGGGAGAAGCCCUACACAUGCUCUGAGUGUGGGAAAAGGUUCAAUCAGCGCUCAAACCUUCUCACACAUCAGAGAAUCCACACGGGAGAGACGCCCUACACGUGCGCUGAGUGCGGGAAAAGCUUCAGUUGUUGCUCAAACCUUAUCAGACAUCAGAGAAUCCACACAGGGGAGACGCCCUACACGUGCGCUGAGUGCGGGAAAAGCUUCAGUCGGCGCUCACACCUUAUCAGACAUCAGAGAAUCCACACAGGGGAGACGCCCUUCACGUGCGCUCAGUGCGGGAAAAGCUUCAAUCGGCGCUCACACCUUAUCAGACAUCAGAGAAUCCACACAGGGGAGACGCCCUACACGUGCGCUGAGUGCGGGGAAAGCUUCAGUCAACGCUCACACCUUAUCACACAUCAGAGAAUCCACACAGGGGAGACUCCCUACACGUGCGCUGAGUGCGGGAAAAGCUUCAAUUCGCGCUCAAACCUUAUCACGCAUCAGAGAAUCCACACAGGGGAGACGCCCUUCACGUGCGCUGAGUGCGGGAAAAGCUUCAGUCAGCGCUCAAUCCUUAUCACACAUCGGAGAAUCCACACAGGAGAGAUGCCCUACACGUGCUCUGAGUGCGGGAAAAGCUUCAGUCGGCGCUCACACCUUAUCAGACAUCAGAGA